AACAAUUUUAAACGUAAAUAGAAUGACUGUAAAUCUAACAGCCAUGACAGACCAUGUAAAGAUUUUGGGAAUGAAGAUAUGCAUGAUUGGAGAAAUAAGAUAAACACAUUAUACCUCUUGAAAUAAUGGACAGAAUCAGUAGUUCCUAGUAGGGAGUUGACUACCCCAUCUUCUUCUCCACAUGGGCCUGGGGGGCUGGUCUGGCGUUUCCAGUAGUUGCUUCUGAGGCUCCCUCCUCUAGCUAGAAAGCCUUGGGAGGAUGUUCAUGGACCAGCAAGUAAGUGAGUGGACAUUGACUUCAUUGGCCAGAUGACAGGAAUGAAGCUUGUCCACAAGUAGAGAGAAAAUUAUCACAACCAGAUCACUCUCUGAUAUCAACUUGGUCAUAUCUGUGUUAGAAACAUGUGAUAUGAUGUGUUGUACAUCCCAAAUAAUAAUAACAAUAACAGCUAAUGUAUAUUGAGCACUAUGUGCUACACUCUGCUUUAAGAGUUUUACACAUAAUAACUCAUUAAAUCCUCACAACAACCACAUGAGGAGAUCUGUAGUUCUUACUCCCAUUUUACAGGCAGAGGAAACUGAAUUAAAGAGAGGUUCAGCAACAUCCUCCAAAUUCUGGUGGAGCCGGGAUUUGAACUUAGGCACUUUGGUUACUGAGCCUGAGUUCUUAGCCACUGUAUUAUAACACUUGCUUCGUAAUGAAUCCAGUUUCAUUUCCUCUACUUAAUGAAACUGCAGAAAGCACAACUCAGUGCCUGGAAUUCCAUUCCCUGUUAUAUUUUUAUGCAUUUAGGAAUUGAUCCUCUCAUUACCACUCUGAGAGAAGCAGUACAGGUGUUCGGGCCCCUAGCACCCAGCCACAGGGCCUGAACACAGUCAUACUCAAUACAUGUUUAUUACAUGAUAAAUGAAGCCCAAUUUUACUGAGGAAGAAACAGAAACUCAAAGAGGAGGAGCUGAUGCUGAACCAAGGCCUUCUGACUCCAAGUCCAGUGUUCUUGCUGCCUGAACUUCAGCUGUGAUGUGUACGUGCAGCCUUACCAUCCAAUGGGAAGAAGAAAAUACCAGAAUUAAGUCACUCUAGGAAAGCCAGCUGCCAUGACAUAAGGAUAUUCAGGCCACCAAUGGACAGCCCCGGCAGGAGGCAUGAAGGUGUGCCAGCCAUUGUGUCAGUCACCUUAUAAGCAGAUUUUCUGAGACCUGCUAAUGGCCAUGUGAGUGACCUUGGAUGUGGGUUGUCACCAAGCCUUGAGAUGACUGCAGCCAUGACCCACAGCUUGACUACAACCCAUGAGAGACACUGAGCCAGGAACACCCAGCUGAAAUGCCUCCAGACCCCUGACCCACAGCGACUGUGAGAUAAUCAGUGUUUGUUGCCUUCAGCCACGAAGUUUGUGAUAAUUUGUUUCUUGACAACAGAUAACUAAUACAGACCUGGAAGCGGAUCGCCUCAGUGAAGGUCACACUGCAGUGCUAUUGAUUUCUAAAGACUCAUGUUACGUGAGGAAGCAGCUCAGAAGAAAGAAAAGGAGCCAGGCAUGGCUCUUCCUCAGGGACACUUGACUUUUAGGGAUGUGGCUAUAGAAUUCUCUUUGGAGGAGUGGAAAUGCCUGGACCCUGCGCAGAGGGCUUUAUACAGGGCCGUGAUGUUGGAGAACUACAGGAACCUGCAUUCUGUGGAUAUCUCUUCCAAAUCCAUGAUGAAGAAGUUCUCGUCAACAGGGCAAGGCAGUACAGAAGUGUUCCACACAGGGACAUUGGAAAGACAUGAAAGUCAUCACAUUGGAGAUUUUUGCUUCCAGGAAAUUGGGAACGAUAUUCAUGACUUUGAGUUUCAGUGGCAAGAAGAUGAAAGAAAUAGCACAGACAGAUAUGAUCGAAGGCAUGCCGGAAACAAGCCUAUUAAAGAUCGGCUUGGAUUAAGCUUUCGUUCACAUCUUCCUGAACUCCACAUAUUUCAGACCAAAGGGAAAGUUGGUAAUCAAGUUGAGAAGUCUAUCAACGAUACUUCCUCGGUUCCAACGUCCCAAAGAAUUUCUUCUAGGCCCAAAAUCCGUAUUUCUAAUAACUAUGAAAAUAAUUUCAUCCAUUCGUCAUUACUCACACAAAAACAGGGAGUACACAUGAGAGAAAAAUGUUUCCAAUAUAAUGAGAGUGUUAGAGCCUUUAAUUGUAGCUCACUCAUAAGGAAACAUCAGAUAAUCCAUUUAGGAGGGAAACAAUAUAAAUGUGAUGUGUGUGGCAAGGUCUUUAAUCAGAAGCGAUACUUUGCAUGCCAUCAUAGAUGUCACACUGGCGAGAAACCUUACAAGUGUAAUGAAUGUGGCAAGGUUUUUAAUCAAUAGUCAAACCUUGCAAGUCAUCAUAGACUUCAUACUGGAGAGAAACCUUACAAAUGUGAAGAAUGUGACAAAAUUUUUAGUCACAAAUCAAAUCUUAAAAGACAUAGGAUAAUUCAUACUGGAGAGAAACCAUACAAAUGUAGGAUUUCUAACAAGACUUUCAGGCGUGAUUCACACCUGGUACAACAUACUAGAAUUCACACUGGAGAGAAACCUUACAAGUGUAAUGAAUGUGGCAAAGCCUUUAGUGGGCAGUCAACACUUAUUCACCAUCAAGCAAUCCAUAGUGUAGGGAAACUUUAUAAAUGUAAUGGUUGUCACAAAGUCUUCAGUAAUGCUACAACCAUUGCAAAUCAUUGGAGAAUCCAUAAUGAAGAGAGAUCUAACAAGUGUAAUAAAUGUGGCAAAUUUUUUAGACAUUGUUCAUAUCUUGCAGUUCAUUAGUGAACUCAUACUGGAGAGAAAACGUACAAGUGUCAUGAGUGUGGCAAGACCUUCAGUCAGACAUCAUCCCUUGUAUGCCAUCAUAGACUUCAUAUUGGAGAGAAACCUUACAAGUGUAAUGAGUGUGGUAAGACCUUCCGUCACAAUUCAGCCCUUGUAAUUCAUCAGGCAAUUCAUACUGGAGAGAAACCUUACAAGUGUAAUGAAUGUGACAGGGAUUUUAAUCAACAAGCAACCCUUGCACGUCAUCAUAGACGUCAUACUGGAGAGAAACCUUACAAAUGUGAAGAAUGUGACAAAGUUUUCGGUAGCAAAUCACACCUUGAAACACAUAAGGGAAUUCAUACUGGAGAGAAACCUUACAAGUAGAAACCUUACAAAUGUGAUGAUUGUGGCGAGGUCUUCAGUCAAGCUUCAUCUUAUGCUAAACAUAGGAGAAUUCACACAGGAGAGAAACCUCACAUUGAUGAUUGUGGCAAAGUCUUUACUUCACAUUCACCCAUUAGACAUCAGAGAAUCCAUACUGGACAGAAAUCUUACAAAUGUCAUAAGCAUGGCAAGGUCUUCAGUCAGAGAUCACUCCUAGCGGAACAUCAGAAAAUUCAUUUUUGAGAUACUUAUUCCAAAUGCAAUCGGUAUAGCAAACCAUCAAACAUUAAUUGACAUUAGAGUCAAUUCAACAUUGACUUGAGUUUGAGUUGAUUUGACAUUCAGUUCAAGCAUUAAUUGACAUUAAAGUGUUUGUGUUAAGAGGAUUGGGCUGGGCAGGGUGGCUCAUGCCUGUAAUCCUGGCACUUUGGCAGGUCAAGACGGAUAGAUCACUUGAGAUCAGGAGUUUGAGACCAGCCUGGCCAACAGAUGUGAGCCACUUUUCCCAGCCUGUUUUUUGUUUCUUUAUCAAAAACUGAUAGAGAUGUUUAUGGGUAUCGUGUUGAAUCUAAAUCACAUUGGGUUAUAUAAUCAUUUAACAAUAUUAAUUUUUCCAAUCCAUCAAUAGGGGUUGUAUCUCGGCCGGGCGCGGUGG